AUGGCAAGGGGAAAUCAAGAUCUUUUUGUGAAAAAGAACAGCAAAUUGGAAAGUUUCCUGAAGCGAACUAUAACCGAGGAAAGCUAUGAACGAAUUCGAGCUUACGAAUCGUGCAUUGUUGUGGACGAAAAAGACAAAAAAUCGUUCAAGUUUGUGAUUUUAGGAGAUGAUUGUUUGUUUUUGACUGAAAAUCCUCCCAAAUCCAUUCAGGAAGCAGUACAAUUGAAAGAUGUGAUUUCAGUUGAAUUGGUCAAGGAUUACCCAGAAUUCUUAAGUGGGAUUGAACGGGAAAAUACGCAGCAUUUAGCCAUAAAGUAUCUAGCAUCAGAUCAUACAAAACGCAAAUUAUUCAGGAGAUCUCGAAAAUCCUCACAAGGUGGUUUGAGCUUAGAUCAAAGUAUCGACCGCUCCAAUCUUUCAACUCCAGUCAGCUUGGUAUCAUCAGAACAAACUGAUAUAUUAUUUAAUCAGUUGAAGAGAGAAUUAUUAAACCCCAGAAAUAAUAUAGAUGAUAACUACAGAUUAUUAAACGAAGUCAAAGUGGCCUCUGAGAAAAAUUUUGUUAUAAAGAAAUUAUUUUGGCGGAAUUCAGAUCUGUUUCUGUUUUUGGUACAAACUCUUCAGAAAUAUUUACCCAAAUCUGCUGUAAAUAUCAACUCAAUAGAUGGCAGAAGACAAAGAGUUGAUGAAUUUGAAAUAGUGAUAUUGAUGGCUGAAAUAUUAAGUGGAAUGUUUCGUGAAACAGAAAUUAUACCUGAUAGGUUAUUAACAUUAAAGGCUGAAAGGGGAAAAUCAGUUUUAGAUAUGUUGAUGACCUUGACCUGUCUACCAGAAAUUCCAGAUAGAUCUAGUAAAUCUUCUAACAUCAAACCUUCAGAUCAGGAGUUUGUAGACUUGUUAGAUGAAUACACCAGAGUUUCUGUAACAGCUGUAUUUGAGUUAUUUCUGAUGGCUCGUCAAGCUUCCUGGGCCUAUACUGAAGAUAACUUCUUUAACAUAGGAUGGAUGGUGAGAAUACUAGAAGACUAUAGAACUACAGAAAGGUUUGUAGAAAGAGUUAUAAAACAAGUUCUACAUGUAAUAGGACCCAGUCAAUAUGAGAUGUUAAGUCCUGAAGAAUCUAUCUGUCUCUAUCAACAUCUUACUGUUCUACUUACAUUCCUAGAGUACAGUCCUCGUGUUACAGCCUUUAUAUAUAAUACUUAUAGAGAGGAAUUUAAAUAUUAUAUCAGACAUCAACAAAUAGCUAAAAAAUUACCAGCAAACUUCCCUAUCACUCAAAUGACAUUAAAUGUUGCUGAUUCUGUGAUAAACAAGGUCCGAAAUGCUGGGAAUAUCCCUAAAAAUUCACCAAGACUUUAAGAUAUCAACUGCUGAUCAAUAGAGAGUUCAGUCUAGCUGCUAGACUGCGGCAUUAUGCAAAAGGUGUUGUUGAGCAGUCCAUUUUAUUAUUUAGGUAGUUUAAGUUGUAAUGAUCAUAAUAUAUUAAUAGAUUGGACUCUUCUAAAUCUUUAAGUGUUACUUUAUUCUACCCUGAAGCAAAAUAGACUGCUCUUGAUUAUGGUUGGAACUUCCAGGAUGUAUUAAAGGGACAGUGGUGCCAUUUUGGGGGUUUGAUUUUAGUCUUGAAUAUAUGUAAAUAGUCUUCAGAAGAACUAGAAAUGUACGAAAAUCACAUAAUUUCUUUAAAAAUUCUUCAAACUAGGAAUUCUACUCACUAUUUCUUUAUAUGUCUUUUCUAUAAAUCACAGAGUAUCUUAAAUUGACGAGUCAUCAUUUUAACAUUCAAACGCAGAUAAUUCUGGACACACAUGGUCUUGAAUGCUCAAAUUUCGACUGUGAGCUGUGAACACUAUUACUGAUUAGCUCGACUAAAAUAAUUCC